GCAUAACGCUUGUUUUGAAAGUUUGCGUUGUGGUUGCGUUUUCUUGUCUUGUUUCCGUUUGUGCAGUUGAUUUUCGAAUCAGCCUCGAGUCUCACGGCUGUAUUCAAAUAUUUUUGUAUGUUAAGAACGUCGUGUUUGUGUUUCUAGGAUUGUAGAUGUGUGCGUGACAGCGUCCUCCGGACUGAGUCGGAACAUGGCCCUCACUCGAAAGGAAGCCGAAGAGCUGCGGCCAUGGGUCGACCGGACUGUGCACAAAUUUCUCGGCUUCGAGGAACCGACGCUGGUGACGGCUGCUGUGAGCUGCCUGUCAAGCGGCUUCGACAAGGCAGAGACGACAAAGAAACUGUCGUCGCUGCUGGAUGACUCCAAGGCAGCCUCACUGGCGGAGCAGCUGUUGACCGGUGCCCAGGAGCAGAUCCGCACGAAGCAGCAGCGUCAGUCACAGGCAGACGAGGACGGUCCGCGCAAGUCCCGCUUCUCCGAAAUGCCGCCUUCGAUGCUGAGCCAGCCGAGUCCCGGCCAACUGACCACUCUACAGAUACGGGAGAUGAUGGCCAAUGCGCAGCGCAUGAUCGAAGAGCGCAAGAAGGCUCUGGGAGGCAGCGUGCCACCAGCUGUGGUGCCCGUCGCCGCCGCUGUUGCAGACAGUCGUAACAGGAUCGCCGAGCUCACAGCCCAGAUCCAGGCUAAGCUUGGCAGUCGGCCUGGCUUUCUUCAGCAGCCUGUUGCAACCCCAGUUGUUUCUUGCCUUCGCAGCCGGCCGACACCCCUCAUUCUAAAUGCCGAGGGCCGUACAGUGGACUCAACAGGAAGGGAAAUUCAGUUAGCCCACCACACGCCUACACUUAAGGCGAACAUCCGAGCCCAAAAGCGGGAGCAGUUCAAAAUCCACCAGGAGAAAGUCACUGAGGACGUGUCAGAGCUGAACUUCUUCGACCAACGGGUCGGGGCGAAGCCCGUACAACGCGGCCGCAGGGCCUUCCGCUUCCACGAGAAGGGCAAGUACGAGCAGCUGGCCCAGCGGCUGCGGACCCGGGCGAAGCUUGAGCGCCUCCAACAGGAAAUCGCCCAGGCGGCAAAGAAGACGGGCAUUUCGUCGGCCACCAAGAUUGCGCUCAUGGUGCCCGCUGCGCGCCAGGCCAAGGAAGGCAAGGAUGACAUACCCGACGUGGAGUGGUGGGACACUUUUAUCAUCAAGGGCGAGAGCUACGACAGCGUGAUCGACGCCGUAGUGACGGGUGGGGAGUCACUCGAGAAUCUGCUAGAGGGUGUCACGAACCUGGUGGAACACCCGAUCCAGAUGAAAGCGCCCACCCUGCCACCCCGGGGACCGGCCCCGCUGCCGGUCUUCCUGACACAGAAGGAACGCAAGAAGCUGCGACGGCAGAACCGCCGUGAGGCCUGGAAGGAGAAGCAAGAGAAGAUCCGGCUGGGGCUGGAGCCCCCGCCUGAGCCAAAAGUGCGCAUGUCCAAUCUGAUGAGAGUUCUGGGCAGCCAGCAAGUACAGGACCCUACCAAGGUCGAGGCGCACGUUCGUGAGCAAAUGGCGAAGCGGCAAAAGGCCCAUGAAGAGGCAAAUGCGUCACGGAAAUUGACCACCGAACAGCGGCGGGACAAGAAACUGCGCAAGCUCAAGGAGGAUACAAGUCGGGGCGUACAUGUUUCUGUCUACCGGGUGCUAAGCCUGAUGAAUCCCGCAAAGAAGUUCAAGGUGGAGAUGAACGCCAAGCAGCUGUUCCUAACGGGCUGCGUGGUCUUGUACCGUAAUGUAAAUCUCGUGGUGGUCGAGGGGGGCCCUCGGCAACAAAGCAAGUACCGCCGCCUCAUGCUCAGUCGAAUCAAGUGGUCUGAAGACACCAUACAAGGAGAAGGUGAGAAAACAGAGAAGAAUCAGUGUCAGCUUGUCUGGGAGGGAACGGUCAAGUCGCGGAGCUUUGGCGAGCUCAAGUUCAAGGUGUGCCCAACGGAGUCGCUGGCCAGGGAACACUUUCGCAAGCACGGUGUGGAGCAUUACUGGGACCUCGCGUACAGCAGUACGCUACUGGAGUUAGCCGACGCCUAGCACUGGUCGCCACCACUCCGGACGUACUGGUUGAACAGCUGUGGCAGUUCGGACAGGGGCUGUGUCCCACUCCAAGCCAAAAACUGCCGUCGCAGCCUGUGCAGCUUGCCAGCAGGUGGCAGCGUGUGCAGGUGGCAUGUCAAGGACAAUAAAAAUGGGGGCA